GGCGCAUCCACCGAAAGCUGGGAUGAAAGCCGCCAAUGGCCGAGCGCCCCUCGUGAGUCGCAACCUCUCGGCCGUGUUCGUCCGUCACCGUGACCGGCGAGCAGCCAGGAGGUUUGGUGCGGGACCCAUUGGUGAUGCAGAUCGCCUGCUCGAUGUGGAGGGCGGCCGAAAGGAGGUUUCUCUGGAGAUGUCCUCUCUUCCACCUCAAUGGGUGGAAGCUGCAGAGCAGGCAAAAGAGGACAUGAAGCUCAUCAAGGACAAGCUGAUACAGUUGGAAAAAGCUCAGUCAAAGCGAUUGCUGAGAGUGUUUUCGGAUGACAAGGCGCCCGACCGUGAGGUGGAGCGAAUUUCCAAUGAAAUCUCUGCUUUAGUGAAGAGAUGCGAGCCAGCGGUUCAUCAGGUGAAGUCUCGUGGAAGCUCUGCGAAUGAGAAGGACAAAGAGUUGCGCCAGAAUAUGCAGCGCAAUCUUGCAACGCAGUUGCAACAGCUUUCACAGCAGUUCAGACAGUCGCAGAAGGCUUACCUGAACGACAUCCAGAAGCGCAAGCAAAAGGAUGACUCUACCUCGCGGACCGGCAUAUCCGAAUUCGACCUGGAUUUCACUGAAAGCCAGAUGCAGGAUCUCCAGGAGAUGGAGCAGAGUGCAAACCUGCGAAAUGAAGAGAUCAGCAGGAUUGCCGCCUCCAUCACUGACCUGCAUACCAUCUUCAAGGAGCUUGCUGUGCUAGUCAUAGAUCAGGGAUCCAUCCUGGAUCGUAUUGACUACAACAUCGAGCAGGUUGUGGUGCAGAGCUCCGAGGCCAACAAGCAAUUGCGAAAGGCUGAAGAGAGUCAAAAGAGCAAUCGGGCAAUGAAGUGCAUCUACUUUUUGGUCAUUGUGAAUCUUGUAUUGAUUCUGAUGCUGAUUCUCAAGGCCAGACACUAGGUUGAUGCACUCUUGCCGCUCGUCUCUGCGGAGAGGGCAGAAAGGUCUCCAAGCCACUCUGCAGGUCUGUACAGGAGGCCCUUGGCCAUCACAGCUGCCGAGCAGAGCUGCUCUGUUCCAAACAUUUCUGAGAUUCAGCCACUGUCAGAUUCUUGCAGCAUUGGUGGGACUUUAGGCAACGUGCAAACGUCAAGGGAGAAUUUACAAAGUUAGAGCAUCAGCAGAGAUCAGGGAAGAAGUCUGAUUGCCUGUGCUGCUUUGGUUGCCACGCGGCUCAAGUGGGAAAUACUUGAGAAUCCACAUCCAC